CCACUUUCGGCUACAUAAGACGAGAAUGAUGCUCAAUCAACAAGUACGACGACUGGACGGAAUUAAGAAGUUUUCCACGAUGGGAAAGUGGUGACAGUUUAAAAAUCUUAUCACUUGGUUAAUACAUAUGUAAUUUACUUAACCAGUAAGGAAGGAAGCGCUCUCUUCGUUUUUAUGAAUCUGCACAUCGCACAACGCUAACUGAUAAAUAGAAACGACAAGUUAUGGUCGUUUGGUGAUUACGGGCAUGGAGAAUUAUUGACGAGACGCUGAACCAGACAUCGGCAAGACUCGCGACAGAACAAACGUCCAACGUAUGUGUAUGGAAGGCGAGGAUGGAGGCGUACGGGCUGAUGUUAAAUAUUUCAGGACUGGAGGGAUAUUUAGCGUCCAGGCGGACUCUGUGGGUAUGGGAAUUUGAGGAGCUGCUGCUGGUGCAUGGGUGAUGGUGCGGACAAUUGGUCUGGUCUGGUGGGAGAGGAGGACGCUGCUGUUGGAGAUAAGAGGAGGCUGAUGAGAGCAGAGUGAGAGCAGAGCAGCUCUGUGACCUGCCACGAGAACAAUCCUCCGCAAACCACCACCGCCGCCGACUUUCACCACCACAAACUUCCUUCCUGUUGCUUUCCCCUCCCGGACUCUGAAUUCAGCAUCCACCCACGUCCACCUCCACCCACAACGAGCCUCCAUUUCACCAUUUGCUCCAAGUACUACCCCUCCUGCAGUGGAAGAGAGGGCACACUCACCAGUUGUCCCCUCUCUCGAUAAGACAGCCAGUGACUAAUUUGUGAGUGGUGUGGAGUGGGAGGAUAAGGUGAAACUGAUUGAUAAGGUGAAACGUGCUAACAAUUAUUGCAGUGGCUUGACAGUUUAUCGAUCUAUAGUCUACAACCACCCAACCCAAGAGAACAAUUAAGCCAUAAGCAGUCAGUUAAAUGGGGCAGAUUGCGACUUCAUGAUGGAUAAAGGGGUGAACUGCGUCCUGGUCACGACCCACCAGGAGACGACGGCCAAGAGUAGGCGUGGUCGGUGUCGUCUCGGCUUUGCUGGCUGCAUUUGGGCCAUCGUCUCCACAGCCAUUGCAAUCCUCUUGGCCGUCAAACUUCACAAUUACGGUGAGAAACAGAUUUGUCUCACGGCGGCAUGUGUUCGAACAGCCGCCUCACUCUUGGUCGCAAUGAACGUGUCGACGAAUCCGUGUAAUGACUUUUUCAAUUUUGCCUGCGGCAAUUGGAACAAGAAACAUAUGAUUCCCGAGGAUCGAGCGUCCAUUUCAACGUUUGAGGUCUUAUCCGAUCAGAUUCAGUUGAUUCUCAAAGGUUUAUUGGAAGAGCCCGUGGACGAGUUUGACUCGGAGGCAACCAUUAAAGCCAAGGACUUUUACGUCUCCUGCAUGAAUUUGAGUGCUAUUCGGGAGGAAGGACAGACCCAAAUUAACCAGUUGCUGGAUGAGAUGGGGGGUUGGCCCGUGACGAUGGGAGCCAAGUGGACCCCAACAAUUUCCGUGGAGUCGCUAAUUGGAAGGAUACGCUCUGAGCUCAACAUGGGAAUCCUCAUUGAACUCUGGAUCGGCCCAGACGACAAAAAUUCCUCCAACAACAUCAUCCAGGUGGACCAGAUGCAAUUGGGACUUCCAAGUCGGGACUAUUUCCUCAACGGGACUCGGGAACAGCGGGCAUAUCAGAUGUACAUGACGGAACUCUCCGUCCUCUUCAACGCCUCCUUUGACUUUGCUUUCCAAGAGUUUCAGGACGUUCUCGCCUUCGAAACUGCACUUGCUAAUGUGUCAAUUCCUGAAGCGGAUCGUCAGGACACAAGUGCCAUUUAUCGCAAGGAUUCCAUAGCGUUCUUGCAACAGGAAAUUCCAGAUUUUAACUGGACCCAGUAUUUUCAAACGUUUGUGCACACUGAGCUCGGGCCUGACGAGCUCAUCGUCUCGUACGCCUUCCCGUACCUUAAGGACAUGGCCGCAAUCAUCAAGCAGACUCCGCCUCGUGUGGUCCAGAACUACGUGGUGUGGAGAGUGCUGAUGGAGUUCACUGCGUACCUCGUGGAUAAAUUCCAAGACACAAAGAUCGAGUUUCGACAAGUUCUGAUGGGAGUGACGAGUGAGCGGCACCGCUGGCAUCAAUGCGUGGAGUGGACAAACAAGAAAUUAGGCAUGGCUUUGGGAGCCCUCUUCAUCCGGGACAACUUUGACCCCACGGCCAAGGAGACGGCACAAGAGAUGAUUGGCAACAUAAGGGACGCUUUCAUCGAGCUCUUGGAGGAGACGCACUGGAUGGACGAGGAGACGAGGAAGGUAGCCAAGGAGAAAGCUCUCUUCAUGAAUGAGCGGAUCGGAUAUCCAGACUUCCUCACAAAACCGCACGAUCUCAACAAAGAGUAUCUCAACUUGCGAGUGUCGAGAGUGGAAUUUGUCAAGAACAUUCUUGAGAUGGGGAGGUGGAAGGCGGAGCAGAAUUUCCAAAAACUGAGAAAACCUGUGGAAAAGGAUAAGUGGUCCACCGAGCCGGCCGUCGUUAAUGCGUUUUAUGACCCCAACAAAAACGACAUAGUGUUUCCUGCGGGGAUCCUUCAGCCCUUGUUCUACAGCCAGCACUUUCCAAAGUCCCUCAACUACGGAGGAAUUGGGGUCGUUAUCGGGCACGAGAUCACGCACGGUUUUGAUGACAAAGGAAGGCAAUUUGAUAGCGAAGGAAACCUGAAGGAAUGGUGGAACAAUGAGACGAUCGGGGCAUUUCGAGAGCAGACGGCAUGCAUCAUUGACCAAUAUUCUGCUUAUCGAAUCGACUCUCACCGCAUCAACGGGAGGAUGACGCAAGGGGAGAACAUCGCUGAUUCGGGCGGUCUCAAGCAGGCUUAUCGGGCGUUCAAGAAGUGGGAGCGGCGUCACGGCGUGGAGCCGCUGUUGCCAGGCUUGGAGUGGAUGACUCAAGACCAGUACUUUUUCCUCAACUAUGCCCAAAUCUGGUGUGGGUCGAUGCGUCCGGAGGACCUUCUCUCGAAAAUCAGGUCGGCCGUGCACGCUCCAGCGCCCAUCCGGGUCCUCGGCCCCCUCUCCAAUUCCAACGACUUCGCCAAAGCAUACUCAUGCCCUGCUGGCAGCCCGAUGAAUCCCAAAAGAAAGUGCAGUGUCUGGUAGAGAAAUAGAGAGCGAGAGAGAAGUCUCCUCAUAAACCAACAAAUAAACAUGACGACAAUGUCGAUACCCGGGUAUCAGAUCAGAUCAGAAAAACUACUUUUCUCGUGGUAAUUUUAAACAUACAUUUGUAGGUGGAACGACAUAUCCAGGGGAGGACACGUUGCACCAAGAAAUGUGACAACACUUAUUGUCAACAACUGCAUAACAUACAAAAAUAGCUUUAAAAUGCCCAUUACAAAUCUUAGAAAUGGUGGUUAAUUGGGCUCAUAAAUAUGUACAUACAUAUAUAUGUACACAUGUAAGUAUACUCGUCACACAUUAUGAAUUUCUAUUAAUUUUGUGGAAAUCUUUUACCGUAAUUGAAUUACGAAUGUUUAGUUCAGCAAAACAGAAAAUAUGGUAUGGCAAAAAAUUAUAAAGGUGCUACACAACCAAUUUUUAGUCGUUGUUCAUCCAUAGGUAGCCCCUGACCUUCUCUCAUAGUACGUAUAUUCUACUUGUCAUAAUAAAUGUGAUGUGAAAAUGAUGGGCAAAUUUUAAUCCGUCAUAAAUGUUAGUUAUUAGCAUCACUUGCUAUAUGUGUAUGUAAAUUUACGUCAUAUCUCUUGCGACAAAAUACAUAAAUAUUAUUUAGAAUAUACAACCUUACAGAAACCGAGUUGUAAUUCCAUAAUGGACCACUUUCUUUCAUCAACUUUGAUAUUUAUCUAAGGUCGUCAAAAUAUGUACUCGUGGCAUUCAGAAUAGGCGUUGAAAACAUUUAAAUUAAAAAUCAUUAUAAGAUUAUUAAAAUUAAAAUGGGUGCCAUUGUCAUCAUCAAUUUCAAUGAGCUCUACAUUUGUUCGUAAUGUUGUAUGUACUCUCUACUCUAUAAUUUUGUCAAAUCAAAACUUAAUUAAGCAUCUGUAAUAUAAUUACGUAAUACUUCUCAUCUGUCAUCAUCAUUACUCUUGAUCAGUGUGAAUUUAGUAAUCUAGUUGAAAAGUCAUUUAUUGUUGUAAUAGGAUUGCAAUAAAAUCAGAAAUAUUGCGAAAAAAAUGA